AUGUUUUAUAUUUCCGAAAUAGCCGACCGCAGGAGUAAAAAGUUCAGAAAGUCCAAGUUGAUUUUGGGAUUCUUCUACGGAAUUUUUCUGAGCCUAAGUGAGUAUAUAGUAUCGAGCUUCUAUAUGACUCCAUAUACAUUAAUAUUAUACAGUAUUCACUUGUUCAACUUAUUGUUUGCAUUGUUCCUUUAUACUUUUUUUAGUUCUUUACCAUUUUAUUAUUGUCGAUUUGGAAUUGAGCGAUCAGUCGACUCGUUUGAUGGGCAUUGUUAUCAGUUUGUUUUUGAGCGUCGGGCACGCAAUUUCACAACAGGUAAAUCAAUAUGAAUAAUUAAUACGAGUACCUACAUAUACUAUAUUAUAGUAAUCGAGAAGACAAUUUAAAAAUUGACUGAUCGUUGUGUUUAAAACUAAAUUAACUUCACCAACUGUCUCACCAAAUGUAAAAAGCCAAAAAAAUAACUAAAUUUUUGUCAACAAUUAUAUAAAGAUAGCAUUGUUUCCAUAAAAGUAAAUUGUAUGUAAGUUUUUUUAUCGAAUUUUGAUGCAAUUACAAUCAAUUUCUCACAUAAAUUCAAAUUGAAAAAUUGUAUUGUCAAUAGAGUUGUAUUGGUUGAAUAACAGCAAUAUAAUAGGUACUUCCUAUCUUACUCAUUCCUAUUUGAUAACCAAGGAACCCAAUCCGUUGUGCGACAUAUUAUUUAAGACUCCGCUUAUUAAAAUUACUCACAUAAUCAUUAACUCUUCCAAAUACUCAACUUUACACCAUAUUAUCAGCAAUCUAACAUCACCAAGAAGCCAAUACAAUACUGUCAAAUUUUUUAAUUUUUCAAAUAAAUACACUUAGAUAAAAUAAACUUUUAUAACUUAUAUAAUCUCUAGUAAUGAAAUAUUUUACUUAUAGUUUUAAAUGUUGUUCUAGGCUAAUAGUCUUUGAAAUUGAAGCCUUAAUAUUAAAUAAUAAUAAAAUAGGUAUUUGAAAACUGUUUUAAGUUUCGUUGACUAGGUAUUUUAUUUUUCACGGUACUAAAGUAGGGAGAAUAACACAUUAGUUAAUAUGCUAUAAAUAUAUAGAUAAAUAUAAAAGCACAUUAAAUUAAGGCCAAACUAUACAAACUAUACAACCUAUACAAAAGAAAAGGUUAAAUUUUAUGAGAGGGAAACGUAUAUAAUGGGCCCGCCGUGUAUGGUGGUGGAUGCUGAUGGAACAAUACUGAAGAAGGCAUUGAUAGAUAUUUAUUUGUGCAGAUGUGCAAAUAUAAGUAUAGGGCUGAGAGGUUUAACAUUAACACUCCCAACACUCAUUCGAGUCCCUUCAAAUCAAGUCAAGUAAGUCUUAAUAAGUGUACAUAGUACUGGUAGGUUAGUUUUCGUUUUAUAGGUAAAGAGUCAUUUUUAAGAUUCCCUUUGAAAAAUUCUCCAUCGUUUUCUUAGACGACAAUUUGUACGGUAGCGGAUAUUAUUAUGCGAUUAAUGCAGUAGUGUCGUCGCAUGAUUGUAAUUAUUUUACUCGAUGUAUAAUUUAUUUCCAUCGAUAUAAAUGUAGGUAGAUAGAGUGGGACGAGUGGAAAACAGAGAAUAUCUAAUAGUCUAUCUUAUAUAACGAUCCAGACAGUCGCAAGGCGCCUCCCUUAUAACCAUCCCGUCGUUAUAUAUACGCAUUUCUCGGGAAAUUCGAACUUUGUUCAUUUAUACCUACCAAUAUAGUAUUAUAAUGCAGGCGAAUUAGCGCAAUCAAUAUAAUUGAUAUUUUCGUAUAGUCCGUCUAUAAUAUUAAAUAACAUACGGAUGCGCCGAAUGGAGAUAAAUAAUUGAUUCCUCGCAAAUUCCUAAAAUACUUAUAUACUCGCUAAUCAUACAUCCGCCACAAUAUUAUAAAUGGAAAUUUUCUAUUUACGUAAAUUAAUCGAAUUUUCAUCCCGAAUUUCAGUGCAUUCGACACGUACUUAACGAAAAAACUCACCAAGCCUGCAGUAUAUAUAGCUAAGCGUAAACUAUAUCCGUCUAAUACGCCAAGGCAUCCGAAAAAAAAAAUACUGAAACCACCUCAAUAGUGUACCACAUUUUCCAUAUUAUAAUAUUCGUUUCAUUUCGCUUCUCCCUCCCUCCUCUCCCUUCAUAGUAUUAAAGUAAAUAAUAAUAUUCAUUCCCGGAGGCUUCGUUCAUAAUUAUACGAGUCGAAUGUUCAGAAGAAAAAAAAACCUAGCUGUAAACAAUGGUGUCGACCAUUCUCCGUACACAGAAAAAAAAAAAAGUAAAACCGUUGUAAAUGUAUUGUAAUACGCUUGAUGUUCUAUAAAUAAAAUUUUCUGGUCGUAAAAAAACUUCCACGCCGAAACAUCUAAAAAAAUAAGCACAUUAUAAUAAGUCUCCAAAGCAUAAUAUAGUACCAUCAUUAUAUAACUGAAUUUUUUUUUCUUUUUUUGGUCCAAUUUCUAUAUUGAAAUAAAAGACAAGAAACGUAAAAUUAUUUCUAUAAUUGCCAUAAAGUCGGACAAUAACUCUAUUAUAAAAAAAGUUAAAAAUUAAGUUAUCAAGUUACUUUUUAUGGGACUUUUAACUUGAUUUCAUUAAAAUUUAAGAUAUUUACGAAUUUUUUGCAUAAAGAAAAAUAUUUAAAUACAUACCUAAAAAAAAUUCCUAUUUUUACAUAAAUAUCAGAAAGGCAUGUGGCCUAUGAGAUAUCCACAUGGGUCUUACACACACGUAUAAUGUAUCACAGAAGUAUGCCUAUUAGACUACAAAUAAGUUUAUGGGUAAAAUGAAGGGUAUAAUUUUUUUUUUUUUUAAAGUAACUUUUAACUAUUUAGAUAAAUUAUCAUUUUCCUAAACAUAUGUAGGUAUCUAUUUUAAUAUAGUUAAUUAUUUAUAUUUGAAAACUAAUUAUCUAGUUAGUUUUUAUUUUAAAGAUUAAUUCUUUUUUUUAAUUCUUAAUAUUCAAAUUAGUUUGUUGCAGUUCUCUAUACCACUUUAUUGCACCUUAAUUAUUUUAGAAAUUUCUUCCGUAAAACCUAUACAAAAAUAAAAAUAAUACCGAGACCGCAUUAAAAUGUUUGCACAUGGCCUCAAGUUCCAUUUUUUCCAAGCCAGACGUGAUAAAACAAAAUUAAAAUCAAACGCAUCAUCCGUUUAAUUCCGGUGUUUCCAGAUCAGGUGUUUGGGACUCCUGUCGAUGCCCACGUUUUUCGACAAGACCGGUCAACGGGUACUGGUGGCCAUGGUGUUCGCGUACAUAAUGGCUGGACCUUUAAAUAACAUGAUGCGAAACGGUUCCGAAGUGCUCAGAGUGUUCACCUGCUCAGGGGCGCUGGUGUACAACUUAACCAAAAUCCGAUACGAACUCAUGUUCAAACCGUUCCAGGAGGCGCUAUUUAAACUAAAAGUAUGAUUUACACGACUGUAAAAAUAAUAAUUACCGGCAAAACGUCAAAGGUGGGUGAUAAUCAAUUAUUUUGUUGUAAAUUAGCGAACGUAAUAGCAAUACAACCAUUCAAAUAACUUGACUUUUUCACUUAAAUCCCGUUAUUUUUAUAACGCAAAAAUAUUGAAAAUAAUAAUAAAAUAUGCGAAAACUUUCAACCACGCAAACAGUUUAUAAUUUCAGAAGAAAAUCUGUGGUGAAAUGUUUUGAAACAUGAAUGUCUAAUACUGUAUAACCUUUCAUUAAAUGUGUUAAAUGAUAGGAUUUAUUGUACUACUACUAAUACCUGUAUACCAACAAUUUGUUUAAAGACCUGUUAUGUUGACAAAAACUGUUCAUAUUAUUAUAGUUUAUAACUUAUUAAAAUUAGUGUUUGAUUAAUUGACCUUUCACCAAAAAAAAAAAAAAAAAUUAUUGCAUAUUUAUAAUUGUAAUUUUAUUUGUAAAUAAUCUAAAAUUACCGAGCAUGAAAAUUCACAAACAUCGAAUGUUUAAUGUAAUUGUUUGUUAAAAACAUAAAACUUUUAGUGCAAGGUCUGUGAUUGAUAAAUCAAUGUUUAAAUAUCUAAUAAGUCAAAUUUGGACCCCUAAUUUUUAAUUAAUUGCUUAGUUUUAGCUAAGGGUCCAAUACAAAUUUAAUGAAUCAAUUGAAAUUUAUUAAUUCACUAGCAUUCUAAUAAAAUGUUUAGUGAAAUUUUAUUCAGCCAACUAUCUAUUUAUCUAUUUUAAGUUUUAAGUGUAGCGAAGAAUGUAUUGGUUUUACUAAGAUGUUUAAUUUUUUUUUUUAUAUAUCGUGUACAAAAAUUCUACCAGAAAUCUUACUCAGAUAUAUACACGCGUCACCAUUUCUGAAAUAAAAUGUUGUCCAGAUGGUACUUUUAGUAUGUCAGUUUUUCAUUUUCCAAGCGAUUUUCGUAAUAGCUAGGAAAGACCAAGAUAAAACAUAAGAAAAAAUUUACGAAAAUAAUGCUUUUAUUAUUUUUUAAUUUUGUUAUUUGAUUUUAUUUAGUUAAGAAUAUUCAUAGACACUUAAAAUUUAAACAGAAAACUUAUAUUUGCCUUUUCUAGACGUGGUCAAAUUUUCAAAAAAUAUAAGCCAUAUUUUAGAUAUUUAUAAACAUUUUAAUUUUGCGAGUUUCAUACGUAAUUUUUAUUCGAUAGGUACUGUACCUACUCUGGGGUAAAAUUGUUAGAUAUAAAAAAAAUGCUUGAAAAUUUAACCGAAGGUUCAUUAAGAAUCUGACUUUGUGGUAAAAAAAAGAAAAUUUGAGUUUAAUGUAGUUUUUUUUUUAUAAAGAAAUUUUAAUAUUAAAUUUUGACGAAAAUCAUUGAGUAAAAUAUUAUGUGGAACAAAUCUAAUUUUUCAAUUAAUAUUUUUUUCUAUUUUUUUGAAUAAAUAUAUAUUACCGAUUUAAGAACGAUGAUAAAGUCAGAAUUGAGUGGACUGGCGAAACGUUUCGAAAUUAUAGAUUUUUUAAGUUCUGAUAUUAUGCGGAUAUUAUAUGCUAUGUUAAAUAACUAAAUAUUUCAUCUGUAAAGUAUAAUUGUCGUAGCUGUUUUCAUCCUAGGGUUCACAAGUUCUUGAACCCGCGUUUCAAGGAAAAUUAUUUGCAUUUUUCCCCCUUUUAUCUAAAUAAAUGCAUUUUGGGUGUAUCUAGAAACCCAAGCCAUCGCUCGCUCGAACUAUUUUAAUCGCAAAAUACCCCUUGAUUUGCUAUGCAAACUUUUCUACCAAAAAUCUUGUCUGUCUGUCUGUCUGUCAAUUUUGUCCACAUUUUAGCAAUCUACACUGAAUAAAACGAUGCAUUUUGGAAAUACAUUUACCAUUUUCCAAUAAACUUAAACAAUCUUCCAGUGGUUUAAAUACGUCCCUUGUCUUAUAAUAAUCCCCAAUAGUAUAGUUAUAUAUUUUCGCCUCCUAUCUUGUUAUGCCAUGCUCUCUCGCUGGAUUAGAAGAAAAUGUUUCCUUUAGACGUGCAUCUGGACAGUUGAUAAAGUCGAUAAUAUGGUUUCCGAUCUGUUUGUUGACUCCGGGACUGGUAAUUUGGUACACAAAUUUGUUAUACAUUUUAACUCUGGCAUUCGAAUUUAGCCAUGUUAAACAGUCUAUACCAACUGUUUUGUUAUCAUCUACAAUUAUAUUGCUGCCAUCGUCGUACUCUCCUCGGUUACAAAAAUUGUGAUUAUCUGUUAGAAAACGAGUCAUUUCCGUUUUGUUAAAUACGCCUACAAAAUCCUGCGCAAUAUCGAAUCCGUAAGAUAGUGAUUGUCGAUUCUAAGCUUUGCUAAUAUUUCUGGAAGUUCGUCUAACAAAUCGUCCAAUUUAACGUCUGCCAGUUCCACUUUGUACGGAACAGCUACGGGAUUUUUAUAUUUUUUAUUUAUAAUUUCCAAAUCUUCCUUUCCAAUAACUUGUACAAUUCUUUGGUCCAUUUUGUACGUAGUAUCCAAACGAUAAGGUAAUUUUGCUUUUACUCCGUGUAACACGAAACGAAAGCGAUGAGAAAACUGGAAAAGACGAGUGCACGGGUUUGUAGUAAAAUCACUACCGACGAUCGGAUCGAUCCCAUUCCUACAAAAAUCGGUUUACGUUCGCAGAAAGAAUUUGUGCAUGAUCGGACAGGAAAACCGAGAACAAUACGUUUUCUCAUACAGGUCCUUACAUGCAAGAAACACACUGUGCACGCUGCUGACUAUAUAUAAACAUUUUUUCGUAAUAGAUUCUCGGAACGAUACACAUGUGUAGAGAGUCCAGAGGUCCGUUGUCGCCAACGAUUAUAUUUCGUAUUAUGCGGGAAAGAGGAGACGGGGGUUUUGACGACGGUUAUAUUCCGUAUAGGUAACAAAUCGCGUACGAGUAAUAUUAUUUCGUUAAAAUAAUCAACAGAGAAUGGACGGCGUGUGUGUAACACACAGACGGGGAAGAUAUACUUCGUAUAGGUAUACGAAAUACUUGCUAUGUAUAAGAUACGCUGAAACAUCAUCUUGUGAUAACAGUAGGUAUACCGAUAUAUGUAUUCAGUAUAUCUUGUAAUAACAGUAGGUAUAAUCGUGAUAAGAUAACCUUGAUAAGAGUAACCAUAAAGGUAUAACGAUAAGUAUAACAUGUGAUAACAGCAGAUAUAACCGUGAUAACGGUAUGGUAAUAACGUCGAAAGUAGGCGUGACCUAAAUGGUCUAUGAUGAAAUGGUGGGCAAUUCGGGCGGCCAUGGAUUCGGGCGGCCAUGUAUUAGGUAUAGCACUUCGUCCUUGCUCAUGCUCCUGCUCCUGAUCCUGGGGUAGAACCGGCUAUUUUAUACUACUAUCCGCCCUAACCAUAAUAUACUUUAAUCUUUGAUAUAGUAUAUUCCGCAAUGAUUAAGCUAUUAUUGUUAUUGCCAGGAAAAAAAAUAUAUAUAUAAUAUAAUACACGCGUUGGUUUGAUCUAAUUCAAUAUAAUUCUGCCUUAUAUUUAUUAUGUUUAUUAUGCGCGCCAUAUUUAUUACUUUAUAAACGAAUAUCCGGGCACUGUAUAGAAAAAAAAAAAACCGGACGUUAACCGUAAUAACCAUAUUUCGUCGGAACGUGUACUGUAUAAUGACUAAUAAAUCACUUAUUGAAUCGACCCGACCGCACCGAAGGAGGGAAGAAAAUAAGUUAUCCCUUAUAAUAUAUUCUUAUAUAUAGCGUAAAACUUGAACUUCGGCAAUCACGUGCUGCACAGGGUGACUUGAUGGAUCACUUCCCCACUUCCACGUGGGCUCAUUUGUUUCUAUAUGUACUUGAAUAUAUUAUGAAAAAAAUGAUUUAAACUCCACGCCAAUAAUUACAUUAUUUUCACUUGUCUACCAUAGUUAAUAAUCUCAAUAUAUAGGUAUUCAAACAAUUUACCUACAAUGUAUACGAGCGAAUAAUAUGAUGUUGAAAAUAUUUUUUUCUUUGAAAAUAAAUUUAAUGUAUUAUAAAUAUUAAAAAAAAAAAAAAAAGCCUCUAUAAAAUCGUAAUUUAUUUCACGCAAAAUUUUGUUCACCAUAGACAAAUUUAUGUAUUUUUUUUUAAUUUGUAUACAUACGUCGAUGUAUUUUUAAAUACAUAUUAAUAAUUAAACAAGUUAAGAUAAAAAAAUAUAAAAUGUACGAAAUUAAUACUUCCGAUACAAAUCUUAAUAUUUAUACAUUUAAGUAAAACGACGGGUUGUCUUCAAAAUUCUAUUUUUAACGGCAUUUUUUACAGAAAGUGUUUUACCUCUAAAACCGAUAUCAAAAGUCUUUUCGUUUGUUUUAUGUGGACUUGUGUGUUUACUGUAUUACCAGUUAGAAAGACUAAUACAACCAAUACGACACAUACUAAAAUUCAGGAGAAAAUAUAGUAUUUAUAGUAUUGAAACCCAAGAAACUUGGACAAUGGUAAAAAUUGUAAUAAUUUUGAAUAAACUCAUAAUUUUUUCAAAUUUGGCAUAUUAUAGUACAUUAGUAUCUAAAUAUACUAUCGUUGCUGUUAAUGUUAAAAUAACACAAAUGUAUCGGUUUGCAUCCCCGUGGUCACCUCCGAUUCUGUGUCUGUCGUUUUCAACAAUUUAAUUGCAAAACCCAUUAUUAUACAUUUGCCUUUAAUCCAUUAGGUUAUUUUCCUCUUAUUGAUGAAAGCGUGUAUUUUAAAAAUUAAAUAUUAUUUCAUAUAUAUGUAUACCUAAUACAAUUUAUUUAAUCAUAUCUUAACGUCACCAAUUUGCCAUUUUCCCCCUUAAACACAAUAUUAUAGGUACUUAUAAAAAAUAAGAAAAUAUUAUGCACAUUUUUCUACAGAGACUAAAACGUAUCGUAAAAAAAAUUAUGAUUUAAUAGAUUUUUAUGUUUGUUUUCGAAAAAAUUUAAAAAAAACUUCGGUAACAAGUAUAAUACUAUAGAAGUACAGUGUAAAGAAACAUGUCUUAAACGUACAAUGUGAUAACGUUUUAAAAUGUGUACGGUAUAACGAUAUCGUAGUAUAGUCUCUUAGGAAAUAGAAUAGCAAAAAAUAAAAAAUAUAUUUCAAGAUGGCUCUUGGCCUGAAUGCCUAUUGAAUAAUGGGUUUUCCGUUGUUCGCACUACCCACACUGUAUAUUAGAUAAUACGAUUAUUUUUUUUUUUUCCGGACGGUAAAAUUUAUUACGAUAUUUUUAUUAUUCCGUCUAAGAAACAGAGAAAAAAUUCAUCGUGUUGAGAACGUAAAACGAAAACCUAAAUCGUAAAAAAAAAAACACGAUCGCGUAAGCUUAGGAAAAGCCAAAUAAUACAAACCAAACAUUAUAUAUUUUUACACUCUCGUAUUUCGUAAAUUGUAAUGAUACUCAAAGGCCGUUUUAUUUGUUUUUUUUUUUUUUUUAAUAAUUUUAUUUCCUGAGUACUCAAAAACUACAAAACGUAUACUGGAUAUUUACUCAUAAUGUAUGACUAUGAACGAACCAACCUGUAAAUUAUAUUACCGUAUCGAUUAUUCUAUAAAAUUUUUGAUUUUCCGAAGAAAUGAAACAGACGGCAUCAAAAUUCAAUUUUAAAGAAAAAUUAUUUUCACCCGUUCUCAUGCCAGUGGUAGAAUUCGUGUCAGGGGUUACCGAUCAUUAUUACCUAUAACCUAACCUUUUAAGGAGUUUUACAAAAUAUAAUCUACUUUUUGCCACAAACUUGAUAAUAUUCCAAGGAAUUGAAGUGUCCUAAAUGUAGACCUAAAACUUACUACUUACCUAUAGUCGAUAGAUGAAAUUCACCACGAGUUUAGAUAAAUUAUAAGGGAAAUAAAAAAACUUAUUACCUAAUUGUCGGUCCAAGGAAAUUACUAAUUUAGUGUCCUAAACGUGUAAACCUAAAACCUAAUCGAUCAAAAACUACAACUACCGAACUCCUAAACGGUCUGUAAAUUUGCGUCCUGUGCUGGAGCUUAAUAACUAUGCCGUUCUGAUUUCGAAAAUAAUAUUUUAAAUUUAAAGCGUGACCUUAAACGGAGCCUGAUUAAAUAUCUUAAAACUUUUUUGUGUAGUUUUGUCCAAACAUGCAGAAUAAUAACAAUAAAUAAUACUCGAUUGCUCUCGUUACAUGAAUAUACAUAUAUCAGAUAGAUGUUAUCCGACAACGAUGUCUUACAACUAUCCAUCGAAAUGUCUACUUAAAAACGAUCACACUUAUAAUGUUAUUCUAAUGGCUUUAGAUGAGAAUCGUUUUUUGCAAAUUAUUAUAAUAAUUGUGAUGUAAUGCGAUUUUAAAACUUAUAACAAUAAAAAUAACGUAACAUUAUUGCAAUUCAAUUUAAAUUUUAAAUAUAUUUGUGAAUCAACCUUUGAUAUUUUAAUCAAACAAAUUAUUAUUUGAAUUUGAUUACAUUUAUUUUUAGUUUUUGUUUUUUUUUUCACAUGAAUUUAAUGAAUUUAAUUUUGAAUAAUAUCACAUUAAGUUGAUUUCAAUUUUCUUUUAAUUAUUAUCACACUAUAUUAAAUUUACAAUCUAUAUACUAUUUGAAUAUUAAAAAUAGUACCAUAAUAUAAAUCUCGAGUGACAAAGAAGAAGUUAAUUUCAUAAAACAAUUUUGAAGGUUUAAAUGUCACAAAAAAAAAAAAAAUUAUAAUAAUAAUGAGAACAAAUUACGGUACUAUUAUGAGAUUGCAAAAAAAUAACGAAAAAUCAUUAUACAAGAAAAUUAUUAAAUAAAAUUACUUCAACCUUUGAGACCAAAGAAAUAACUGUAAUAUUUUAGUUUUUUUUUUUAACUUUAAUGUAUGUAGGAGUCUCACGUUUAAAACAGGUACAACUCCAUAUUCUCAAGAAAUCCCCAUGUGUUUUAAAUUGAUCUAUAUAACUAUCGUUAUUUUCAAACAUGACAUACUCCAGCUUUAAUCAUUUUCUCUAUGACAAAUGACAACAAUUUUAUAAAAGCCAAAACAAUUUCGCAAAAUAUCUGGUAAAAAGUUGUUCACUGGAUUAAAAAGGGCCAUAAUAUUUUUUUGCUAAUACCUAAAUUCCUACAUUUUUCCGUCUUCCUCCGUUUUUUUCCCGGUUUUUCACUUAAUUGAAAAAACACCUAGCAAAAUCAAAAUUUGACCUACCUAAAGUACCUCCUCAGUCAGAUUUCUUUUAUAAAAAAUGCUAUCAUUGUAAAUCGGAGCAAAAUUACUGGUAAAAAAAUUGUCCACAGAAAAAUAAACUAUUUCCCUUUUAUUAGGAAAACUGCUAAGGAAAUCAAAAAAUUGACCUUCCUAAAAUACUACCUAAAGAAAAUUUCCUUGUAGAAAAAAGAAAAGUAUAUAUGAGUAAAAAAAAAAAUAAUAAAAAAUUGUCACGGGCAACGCCGGGUGGGACAGCUAGCAUAAUUUAUUCCCAAAUGAAUAUUAUAUAGAAUUCAAAUUUUCGUUUUUUAUCCAUUCCAAAGUUUUUUUCAUAAAAGAAACUUUUUUACGAUCAUUAUUAUUAUUAAUGCGUUUACUCCGAACUGCGUAAUAUUUUGCGAAAUAUAAUUCCAGAAAUACGUAUAUAUAUAUAUAUGUAUAUACAUAGUAUAAUAUUUACAAUAAUACAUAUGAUGUCCAUUAAAAAAAAUAAAAGGUGAACAAUUCAGAAUAUUAUAUCAAAUUGUCAUAAUAAUAAAUUAUUAUAGUAUAAUGCUAAAGACUUUUUAAACAAUCAAAUAUUUUCUGAAAAAUAAUGUUUAAUACCUGGGUAUUCUAUUUUUUUUUUUUUUUUUUAAUUGGAUAUAAUUAUUAUUAUUAGGUCACUAAUAUUUUUUGUUUUUUUAGUUAAUUCGCUUAAAUAUGAUUAUUUUUCAUUUUAAUGUAAAAUAAUUAUUUUAUUUUAUUUUUGGUUUUUCUAAUAUUGUCUCGACAAUUAUUGUCAUCAGUGGCGACGUGAAUAGAUAUUCUAUGAAGCAGCUGCUUAGAUCAGUGGGAUGGCAUAUGUGUGCUAAUUUAUCUUAAAAUUAUGUUUAUGAAAAAAGUUAAAUAUAGAAACAUCUAAAAUAUCUUUGGUUACAGUUCCUGAUUCUUCUGUAUUUAUUUCGUUUGAAGUUUUUGCAAUUAUACUUAAACUACUUCGAUGAAAAAAAACUUCACGCCACUACUAAUUGUUAUCAUUAUCAAAAUAAUAGUAUAUUAUUUUAUUGUCUUAUUUGUAUCUUUAUCUUCUUAACUAUUUUAAAAAUACAAAGUAUAUUUAUUUGAAUUACGCUAUCUUGGUAAUUCACAAAAAUUUUAUAAUUAGGGAAUUUGUUUAUAAACCUUCGCAUACUUUUAAUAAUUAAACAAAACAAUUUAAAUUCAUGACCUAUUGUUUCUAUAUAAUAUAAAAUAUUUUUAAGGAUUAAUGUGUACAUUUUUAAGAUAUUUCAAUAUAUUUUUAUCAGUAGUAUGAUUAUUUUUUUUUUUUUUUUUAUAAGUAUAUUUCAGUAUUUUUAUAAAUCCACAUUUUAUGGUUUUAAUGCAUAUUCAUAUCUGUCCUAGUCAUAUUAGAUAUCUACAUUUCGUAUCAAAAAAUUUGAAUUUAAUAUUUUAAAAAAACAUACCAGAACACUAGUUAUAUAAAUAACUUGUCCUAGACCUAUAUAAUAUCUUCUAAUUCCUAUAAUGUUUUGAAUUUGAUAAUUUUAUUUUAAUUUUAAUUACUUAAUUAGAACAAUAAUUUUAUGAAUUUUUUUUUAUCUUUUUAUUUAUUUAGAUUAUCUUUAUCUUUUGUCCAAAUAUAAAUAUUGCUUAACGUUCCCAACGCCGAUAGCUGGUGCGCAUCUAAAUGACCAAUAUUUUCAAUCAGUUGAUGUGCUACACGUCGAUAUUUUCUAUACUAUACGAGUAUUACAUUCACCUCUCUAAAUAAUAUGUUGAUAAAAAUUUGAUCGAGUUUAUGCCAAAAGUUGUAUCGUAAUAUUUUCAGUUUUCGCAAUUUAUGAGAAAACACUUCACGUUUUAUAUCACGCCCUUUAAUACCAUCUAUGUCUAAUAUUUGGUCGAUUUGACAGGCUACACUGAAUAAUACCAUAAUAAUAUUAUAUAAAUAAAGUAUAAUAGAACUCUCAAAGCACUUCGAUAUUUCCACAAAAAUCUUUUUUUAAAUUAAAAACAAAUACGUCGUUGUAAAAUAUAAUGCGAAUUACUGCUCGCACCUUUAAGUAUCACACCUAACCGAAAUAAUAUAUACGUUACCAUCAUCUUCCGUUCUUUAAAUAAUAUAAUAUUUGUCUAAUAAAAUACUAUAGGUUAUUAAUGUGUCUACAUUUUAGUGAUCAAACCAGAAAAAUGUCUCAUUUAUUAUAGUGUUAAACACAUGUUGAACUAUUUAAGUAGGCUAUGGAUUUAGGUAUAAAAUACAAGUAAUAACACGACUAUAUGUUUAUAUAAUACAAUGUAAUAUAAAUAACAUAGAAUUGGACUACAUCAGGGACUAUAGGUACAUUGUACACUAUACAGUGUACAGUAUGAUGUUCUAUGAACGAGCAGUGUCCGUAUGCUGAAAGGUCCUUCUUUUUAUUCUACCUUUGACGUAACAAACGUUUAACAACCGAUAGUUGUAUCAAAAUAGUAAUUGUAGUUAUAAGUAGUACAAGAUAUGCACUAAUAAUCGGUGCACACACAUGCUUACAAUGUUAGAUUACUAAUAAAAUAAUUAAUUGUAUAUUUAAACAAAAUAUAGAAUAGCGCUAAAAUUAAUCAAUGCUAUUUAACAAGAUCAAAUCAAAUUUAAAAAUAAAAGAUCUCCAAAAAAAAAAAAAAUGUAUACUAGAAACUUGAAAAAGGACCUUGAUAUAAAUAUUUUUAAUGUAAUUCCUUAGAUACCUACUUAAAACUACACAUUAUUGUGAUAGUCAACUAUACAUGUACCUAAUAAAGUUUGUUUCCAUUGCAUUUUAUUUAUAUUUUUCCGAGUUUAUAUUAAUAAACAAUUGAAUAGAUACGUUACUUAAAGAAAGAAAUAAUUCCAAAUUAAAUCUAUAUGUCUUUAAUUUCAAAUGUGUAUAUUAUGUAAUAUGUAUAGUAUACUGUGUAAAUAUAUAAUACUUCUCUAAAAUGUAAUUUCAAUUGACCUAAACAAGUAAUCAAUACAAAAAAACUCACCGAUAUUAAUUUCCAUUAAAAUAUAGAACGUCCGACUGCGAUUUAUUAAGUAAAAAAACAUCAACUAAAUAGCUGGUACCCGAGAAAAAAAAUUAGAAAAGUUUUAUUUUUUAUUGAUGCACGAAAAAUUGUUAUGUCUUUUAAUUAAAAAUAACGAAAAACAUAAUAAUGUAUAAAUCCCAACUUAAUAAUUAAUUUAAUUAUGUGUCAAUAACUCAUUUUAGCGGUGGCACUGCAGCUGCUGCUGCUGGUGCUACUAGUAUCUAUAUAAUAUAUCUAAAAAUAAAUUUAAUUACCAAUAUCUACCCAAUAAACGUUACAGAAAAUAAUAAUAUAAUAUCAACGAAACGCCCGAAGCUUUAUUUUGUUUGUUGUAUACGGUAUACCUAUUUGUGCUGAAAGCCUGUGAAUGGAGCUUAUUAUAUGUCACGCGUUCUAUUUAUUUUAUUAGUUUAAGUAAAACAAUCUGUAUGUAAGAUUUGUAUUUUAUGUCCUCAGGCCGAAACUAAUGAGAUAAAAGAAAUCGUUAAUUCCAUUAAUGAUGUAAUCGAUCCCAUUAGCCAAGAAUUCGAAUCUGACAACGAAGACAUCACGGUCCGCGAAAGAAACGACUAUUUGGACGAUCAAAUGGUAGGUAUACCACAAUGUAUUGUUUUAUCUAUAUAUAAAUUCAUUCUCUGGAGAGAAGUCCAGGGUGUGUAAGAGGGUAGUGCAGGUAGUGCAUUAACUGGAUUAAUACGAAUGUAGUUCGUUAAAAUGAAACAACGAAUAUAGUUGUGUUUUAAAUAUGUACUGAGUAAUAAAUGCAAUCACUUACAUCAAGCCCGUAACCACCCCCAUUAGUGAAUUUUCGAAAUAUUUCUCUCUGAAAACGUUGAAACGUUAUAACUCUAAAUCGAGCUUAUCAACCUAUUAACGGUUCACUAAACUAUUACUGGGAGUUAUCAUUAUUUAAUGUCUAGAUAUCUCGUUUUGGAAGUUAGUACCAAUCGAAUGGUCGUCGUAACCAUGUUGUCAUCAAUCGCUAAAACAAUUAAAAGUUUUCACCGACGAGAAUUGAUUAAAAGUUUUGACGAAAUGUAUGCGUGACAUAGAAGUAUAUAUACAUAUCGUCGUAAUUUUUGAUUUAGGGACCAUCCAAAAAGGACGAGCACAUGAAAAAAAUGUACAAGAAACCGGAGCCAGAUGAAGUGGAGAAAAAAUACAAAGACAAAUUGCAGAGAAAAUGUAAAAGUAAGGAAACAAAUUCGAUGUAUAGGUUUUUCUCGAUCCUCCACGAUUGUGCAAAAGUCAGAAAUUAUUUACCUACAGCGUAGAUACAUAAUUUACGUUCGAGCAGAGGAAUAGAAAUUUUACACGGAUCGGAGGAAAAUGUCUAGUAUAAAAGUUGUUCACAGAAAGAGAAAAUAAAUUAUAAAAACAGACUAAAUUUGUUUAAAACCUGUACAAAUUUGGCUACACUCAGAAUGUAUAAAACCUAGUUAAGGAGCCGUUUUUUCUACUACAACAUAUUCACAAAACAUAGGUCAAGUUAGCUUAAUACUAAAUACACCGAAAAUCGGUACGAUGACGAGUGCAUUACUUUUAAUAUUAUCUAAUAAUCUAUUAAAAUGGAUUCGCACUAAUUAAAACAAAAUUACCCUACCUCUCGUAUAAUAUAAACAAACCGAAAAUAUAAUUUAUUAACAUUUCAAACGCUGAGCGUGGGCUGAAAAGGUUUUACCCCUCCUCUGAAAGUAACCCUGAACCACAUUCACGUGACGUAUAAUAUGAUAUGCAAAUGAAAUCUUGUUUUGCGCGAUCGUCAAACUCAUUUUUUAAAAAAUAUAUGUAAAACUUUUGGACGCGAAAACGAUUUUUGAAUAUGUAACUAUAUAAUGCGAUUUUUAUUAUCGUUCACAGACAUUAUCACCCGGGCAGAUAAUAAGUGCAAGGCAGCAUUUCAGCAGAGUUUCGACCAAUGUAAAGACUCGGUCCACUGGGCAGUCAGUUGGGCCCUGUGUUGGCCCAUGAAAGUCACAUUCGUCUGCAAUCUCGCACCACGUAAGUAAAAAAUUCAAUACAAAUAACAUUAAUUGUGGCGACUUUCUAAAUGUUAAACUACAUUUAUAUAUAUAUAUAUAUAUAUACAUAAUGUUAUAAUAUAUUAUAUGUGAGUGUGAGGGUGUAUAUUGCGGUUCUAGAAACACAGUGUUUGAAUUUGCCAACUUAAGUUACCGAAGUUAUACCCGACACACAUAAAUUCUACUUAGGUACACACAAGUUUAUUUCUUUAUUUCCAUUAUGCUAAGCCUAUUAUUUAGAAGUAAAUAUAAAAUAUUUAAACCGAUUUUCUUGCAAACAAUGAAACAAAAAAUUCUAAAAGUAACAUAGUUUUCUAUUAUAUAAACUAGAUGUAUUAUAUUAUAGGUAUAAAAUUAUGUUUGUGUUUUCAUAAUAAUAUGUAAGCUUGACGAUUAUCAAAUAAAAUUAUAACGUUUCUAGAUUAGUUAUUAUUAUGAUCGUAUCUCGUAUAUUUUUCGAAUAAUAAUAAUAUUUAUUUACACAUAUUAAGAACAAUUGCCCAAGGUACAGUUACAUAAAGGCAAGUUGAACAUAAUUUAAAAUUACAUUAAAUUAUUGUAAUAUAUAAUAUUAUUGGCUAAAAAGGUUCUCGUUUACGCAUCAUACGAUAAAUGGGGUGGUUAUGGCCAUAGUUGGGCCGUGGGGUGUAGAGGAAAGUAGUAGCAAUCAGAUAACCUGGAUGAUCUACCGGAAUCCUAAAAUUAACCUCAGUAAGAAGUUUAGGUGCAUUAAUGGAACUAUUUAUAUAUUUGUUAAGGAAAUGUAUGAUGACUAAUACUCUUCUAUCGAAUAAACUACUAAACUUUAAGUGGCGUAGGUUGGGAGAAUAAUCAUGUGGUUCAUGGUUUACUGUAAGACAAAAAGAAGCGAAAUUACACCGAACACGUUCAAAUUCGUAUGAGUUAGAAGAUAUAUAUUGUAUAUGGAUGCUAAACUACCAAAGAAUUAAGCCAUAUUCAAUUAUGGGUUUAACAAGAAUGCAGUAAAGGUCUUUUAAAGAAUAAGAUAGUUUGAAAUCCAUAGAGAUUCGUUUAAUAAACCAUUUUUGGAGACCUACAGGUGACAUCAAGGGCGUGUCCAGGGAGCUAAGGGGGCUAUUAAAUUUACAUUGUAUGAUAUAUAAUUAAAAAUCAAUAUACAUAUUACACAUUACACAUUUUGACACUUUUAAAUUUUGUUUACUAUCUAUAAUUCUACAUAGGCACAAUGGGUUGUUAGCCGCCCCCACAUACGAAAUUCCUGAUUACGCCACUGGGUGAUAUGCUCAAUGUGGGAAUGGUAAUCUAAAAUAAAAGUAAGAAACAUACCCAGAUCUUUAUUAAUAGACACUUUUUAUAUUAAUAUGUAAUAUUUAUAACCUGCAGUAAACUGUGGGUAGAGUAUUCAAAUUAUUUUUUUAAUACCAACGACUAUCGGUGCAAAAAAUUAGUCUUAAAAAUUUUAAAUGUAUAUCAGAGCCGAAUAUUUAUUUUUCAAAUUUAACUAGCAAAAUAUUACUACAUAUUAUAAACAGGACUUACAACUUUAAAUAUUUGCAUAUUUUUUUUAGUGAUCUCAGAUAUACUUAUGUGAGCAAUAAAUUUAUUUCGGGAAAUCACAAAUGUAUUAUACAGGCUGUCCGACGAAGUUAUACCUCUUGAAUAUCUCUGGAGAGAAUAAAGAUAAUCAAAUUCUGUUUUUUUUUUUUUAUAUAUAUAUAUAUAUAUUACUCACAGGAAAGAAGACUACAAAUAUGUAUACUUUAAUUAAUAUUUUUGUUUUAUUAAAACAAUUUUAAAGAUACCUUUAUUUUAUUAUUUUGAGAAAAUUUUAAGAUAGUCAUUCUGUAAAUAUUAUUUUUCUGAAAAUUUUAAUGUAUUACACACUUAUAUUCGAUGAAUAGUUUCUUAGUAACAGCCAUUUUAAAUUAAACUAAUCUGUUUGAAAACUAAUGUUAUCGCGUUACACAGUUAGGUUAUUCCUUAGAUAACAUCGGUUUUUACACAGUCCUCUUCCUUGCGAAUAUUAUAUAAAAAAAAUAAAAAAAAACAGAAUUUGAUUAUCUUUAUUAUCUCCAAAGACAUUCAAGUGGUAUAUAUUCAUGGGACAGCCUGUAUGCUUGGCAUUAUUACCAUUGGCUUCAAAAUAUACUUAAUAAUAAGAAUAAUUUCAACAGUCUUGGAUAUCUACAUGUAAAUUAGUUUCUAUUAGCGUCUGCUAAUAAUGAUUAAACUGAUAUGUAUAAAUGUAUUCAAAAUUAUUUCUACUUACUUGUUAUGUACUUACAAUGAAUAGACUGGCAAAAAAAAAUAAAUAUUUUUUUUUCGUUUGAUAAACAAAUUUAAAAAAAUAAUUAUAUAAUAAUAUCGUGCGAUGAAAUGUGAAUAACAUGAUUAUUUUUUUAAAUGAUGGUUUUAAUACGUUUUUCGAGGGAAUUGGGAGGAGGCAGUUAUAUUGACCCAGUUUUUACUGUAGAAAUAAUAAUGUACACUCCAUGACUCCAUGUAAAGUAAUCCAAACAUAAUUAACAAACAACGAAUAUUUCCGCAAUGUUAAACUCAGUACGCGCCUACUUAUUAACAUAAUAAAGAAUUUUAUUAUACUUAUAUAAAUAUAAUACACUACCCGUUGAUUAUUAUUAUUGCAGUGUUUGGUGGUGCGGACGUUUGUAAUUCCGGAAAAUCGGUAAAUUCCGGUUUUGGCAAAGGAUACGUAUACUUGACAAAAUCCAAAGACGAAUUGAAACGAGAAUUCCUGCACGUAAAAGUCAACUACAAAUUGAACAAAAUGAAAAUAAUGGUAAUAUACAGUGAAGGCAAAGUUCUUGGUAACUCGAGGUAUCGUGAUUUAUAAAUCGGACAAGUCUCAUUCACUACCCAUCUAUUUAAUAUAUUAUGAAGUCUUUAAAAUCGAUUAAAACAAUAAGAACAAAUUAACCAUCGCAAACUAAAAACAAUUCUGAGCGAAGUUAUAUUAAGGUAUUAGUGGUUUAUUGAUAGAUCUAAAUUAAUUAAAAAUUAUAUUUAACUACAAAAUAAAUUAAAAUUAUUUAUGUUUUUAACUAGUUUUACCAUAAAUUUGAACUUAAAAUACAGAUAAAAAUAAAUUACGAAAUCGAUAACCACCAAAAAAAAACGAAUAUUUCAAAUAUCUUUUCUAUUGAUAACUAAAAAUGCACCGGAAUAUUUUGAAAAUUGUACCACGUCAACAACGUGGUAUAAUAUAAAUGUUCGAGAAAAAUAUCAAGUACCUACGAUUAGUUUUCACUGAAUCACAAAAGAAAAAAACAAAAUCGAAAUUAUUAAAUGACAUUUUUUUAGUAAAUGAGUAUUCCUGUUUUUCUGAAUUUUUAAGAAAAAUACAAUUUAUUAAAAUCAAAAAAAUAUUUUCCUCAAUUGCACUAACUACACAAAAUAUUCUACCAAAACCCCCGCACCCUAUUUUCGACAAUAAAAGAAAUAUAAUUUCUGGUCGUACAUUUUUCAACAAUAGAUAAAAUCAAAUCAUAGUAUAACCAAUGAUACCUCGCAUCUCUGGGAAUCUAAAAAUUUCGUUAACAUUUGAAAAUAUUCCUAUGUAUAAUAUUCGCGUAUAUUAUAUUUCAAAAAUCGCACGUAUUGUCUCCUUAUAUACCGUAUACACACUACAGUAUUAGAAUAUUGAAUUUUAAAUUUGAAUUUCAUAUCGGAAAAGAAUUCAUGCGAAGGCGGUAAUAAUAAUGGAUAUUUACUCUCCGAAUAGACAAGACAGUUUACGUUCUGAAAAAAAAACAGUCUCACGCAUACUAUCGGCUGCAUACAAAUCGCGUAGCAGUAUUAUAGUGAUAUACAUAAUAUUUAUAUUAUAUAUGUACAGGGUGAUUUUUUUUUAACUCGACCCAGCAAUUGUCUAUAUUACAUACGAAGAUUUCGAGAAAAUGUUCAAAUUUUGAUUUGAUAUUUUUUUUUCUUUGUUUAGUACCUCGUAGAAUACGAUCUUAUUUACAAUAUCUUAAUAAUGUUACCUUUAUUGUUCGUGCAUGUACCUACGAUAAACUCAAUGCCGAAUAUUGAUUUGAAAAUGUAGCAACCCAAGUUUAACUAAAUUUGAUCAUUUAACGAUUCUAUAAUCCUAAAGAAUAAAACAAAAUUCGCAAAUUUACUCAAAAACUUCGUAUAGAUAAUCGCAGAUUCACGACAGGGGAAUACCACCCUAUACAACGAUUCUGGUCUGAAUGUAUCGUUCGUAUAGAUAUCUUUGAUGAUCGUAAACACGAUAUAAAAAAUAUGCACAACGAAUGAAACGCAAAAACCUUUUCGACGAUACGCCAUUAAUAUGCUUACGGCGACAAACGCUACACAGACCGGGUGCGGUGCAUUCGUCUUGAAUCGAUUCGCAUCCAAAAUAAUACUACAUCACAUGCCCCGUUGUUGAUGACAUAAUAAUAAUAAUAUGUAUUAUCUCAUCGGACGGAAUGCGGAAAUAUAAUAUUUUGUUUUUUUUGCGCCUUCUAUAUGCCAUAUGCCUAACGACAAAAUCAGGCAACAUUCGAGAAGCAUAUUGAUUUUCGCUGCAGUUUUGUAUAUAUUUAAAAAUAAACACAUCCAUAUAGAUAAAGAUAGAUAACUAGCAACUUUUUUCUAGAUACAAAAAAAAUGGCUAUUUCAUUGCCUAUCAUUAAACUAAUAGCUAAAAGUGUACAAAUAUUAUGGUACACAUCUAGGUUUCAAAAAUGUGUUGUGUUUAAUAAAACUUCAUAAUUAAUUUACACACUGAAUUAAUAUGAAUUAAUAAUAUUUCUAUAAUACAUCAAUAUAUUACACUUUGAAUUGUCUAAAACAAUUUAUCUAUAGACGAUUUAAUUAUUUAUCUCGUGGGACUUAUUUUCAGUUUAUCUAAAUAAAAAUUAAAAAUACAAUUAUCCACUUUAUCUAAAUAAUUUAUUUGGAAUUCAGAAAGAAAAAACAUUUUUUAUGUUAAAAAAGCAUAAAUACAUUAGUUUAUUACAAAAAAUAUUGUAAAUAACGUAUUGAUUCGUAUUAUCAUUUUCUGACUCUGAACUUUUGAUCAAAGGCAGUCCACUAAAGUAAAUAGGUUUAUGCAAUACAAGUAUAACGUGAUACGUUAAAAGUACACAUUUUAUUAAAAUAAAAGUAUAUUUCUACUAAGCAGUAGAAAUAGUAGUACUAAGUAUAUACUUCAUAUAUUUAAAAAUGAAAAUAGACAGUUAAAAUAAAGGGGGGUAGGUGCAUUGUUAUUUAUUUAAAACGUUCGAAUUUAAUUUACUACCGUCUAUUCACCGGGAAUUUCCUUCAACGUGCAAUGUCAACCUGACAAAACCCCGUUUCUGACGUUUCUGUUUGUAGUUGAUUUUAUUUAUCUUAGCACUAAUAAUAUGUCAUGCUAACCCUAGUCGUGACGCACCUACUCGUAUCCAUUACGAGAUUAUAAUGUAAUAAAUGAAAAUGUAGUUUUCCGUCUAGACGCAAUAUAACACACUGCAGAUACAAAAGUUGUUUAAAUGUAACGUGAAAAUUCACUGAAUAUAUAGAAACACGUAGAUAUAUGAAGUUUAUCAGAAGUUAUAUUAGGGUAAAAAAAAAAAGUUAAGCAUAAUAAGUAGUGAUUUUAGAUUCGGAGAGAAGCGAGAAAUAUAUGGAUUUACAAUGUUUUUUUUUUCAUUUUUUAUUAUUAUUUGUGAACAACUUUUCUACGAGAAAUCUUGCUCUGAUUUUCAAAUAUAGUAGGUUAUUUUUUGAUUUUCCAAUCUUUUCUCAUAAAAUUUGAGAAAAAUGUAGAAAAAACAGAAAAUUUGCGAAAAUAAUACUUUUAUUAUUUCCAAUUUUGUUUAUUUGCCGUAAUUCAAUUUAAAUGAUUUAUAAAGACUUUAAAUUUGAAAUUUGAACAGAAAAUUUGUACGCACCUUUUCUAUAUUUAAUUAAAUUUUCAAACUAUUUAAACUAUUUUUAAGCUAUUUAUAAACAUUUUUAUUUUGCUCGUAAUUUUUAUUUGGUACUCUGUGGAUGAAAUAAUUAGACAAAACAGAAACCUUGAAAAUUGAACAAGAGGUUCAUUAUAAUUUCUACUUGGUGGUCAACAAGAAUAAUUUGAGUUUAAUGUAGUAUUUUAGAUUCUGAGUGAAGUAAAGGAAGCUUAUAGUUUUACAAAGAUGUUCAAUUAUUUUUUUCUGUGGACAACUUUUCUACCAGAAGACUUGCUCCGACUUAGAAUGGUAGCAAUUUUUUUUAAAAGAAAUUUCACUGGGGAGGUAUUUUAUAGAGGUUGUUUUUCGAUUUUCUCCGGAGUAUUCUCAGCAAAUCUGGAAAACUAAAAAAAAACAUGGGCAAACCAGGACAAAUUUAGGAAAACCGGGGAAAUCGAUAAAAUAUUAAACAAAUAAUAUUAAAGAAAAUAUAUAGAGCCUAUUUAAUUAUUUUACUAUAAAAUGGUAUAUAUAUUGUUUACAAAACAUCACUGUCAACUGAACUUCACUCAGAAUCGUUUUUUCGUAAGCAAUGGUUUAUAGUUGCUUAUAGAUAUACAUUAAAUUUCUUGGCAAUGGCUGCACCCGUCCCCAAUAUCCUAGAAUACCUUUUUUAAAAUAUUUGUUUUUUAUAAAAAAUGUAAUAUCAAAUUUAGACAAAAAUCAUAAAUAUUACGGGUUUUUAUAUAUAUACCGACUUGUUGGUUCAAACCUACAAAUAAUAGUUCAAUAAAUUUAAUAUUCUAUCAGUGUAAACCUAAAAUAACUAGUUUAUGAAAAACCACGACUUAAGACUAUUUAAUUGUGGGGUGAAUGUAAAAACCACGUCAUCAGUUGUUGAUCACAAAAAUUAAAAAUCGGACGUUAAUCAGGAUGGUUCCACGACAUUUAAUCCGAGAAAUAAUGUCCAGUGACAUAUCGACAUUUAAUCCGAUGAAAUUAUCGUAAUAUCGUAUGGCUUAUGAUUUAAAAUUCUGUAACUUCUAUACAACUGUGUAAAGCAAAUCAGAUAUUUCAAAUUGUAUCGGAUCGCUUUUCGUCAAACGUGUUUUAUAGCAGAUAUAUUUGCACCAAGUCAAUUGACUUGCCGCCGACAAGAUAAUACAACAGUACCAAUUAUAAAGGAUAUUCUGCACGUUCAUCGGUAAAAAUAUUGUCGUGAAUAUCGUAUUUUAUUUACGUACCCAAACGUGUUCUGUAUAAUAUACUUGACUACGUUAUAUACGACCUCAAAAACCCCAGGAUGGUUCCCGUGCGUAGAAAAACGAUUGGUGACCUAACCGUAAAAUCAUACCACGAUAUGAUAAUAUAAGACCUAUAUUAUAGGUGUGACGGAGGAAACCGGGUCAGGGAUUAAAACACCACAAUGGCUGCGAAAUGAUAUCAUUUCGCGUUAUUUAACGGUAGUCGUCGUUACAUUCAAAUCCCACACGUCGUCGUCGUCGUCGUCUCAUUUAGGAAUUAAGUUUUGACGUGUUUUGAUGGCGAGUAUACAUCUACCCCCGUCAUACGAUAUUAUAAUAUUAUAUAUAUACUCGGGAUUAACGCCUAUAUAUUUAUUACACGUACAAACACAUAUCUCACGGUUAGAUUAUAAUAUCAUAAUAAUAUACGAUCUGCCGAUGUAAUAAUACGAGAUGAGUAGGAUUAUCGUACCCCGCAGGAUUAACGCGUUCAUCGAUCUUGUUUUGUUGCCGAUGUAAAUUACAUUAAAAUAUUGUCUAGCCCGAUCAAUAUCGUGACGCUUUCGACGCGACCCGGGAUAUGGUGAUGGAUUUUGGCGAAAAAAGACGGGCGGCCGAAUUUGUGAUCGUGUGUAUAAGACGUCUGUUGGCCUUUUCGUUCCUCAAAAUCCUAUUAGAGUGAGUGUCAUAUGUGUGCGCAGUACAAAUAAUUCAAUAAUAAUUUUACAAAAUUUCUAACCGAUAAUAUUAGUUAUAUUUAUUAAAAGUAGGUAAUUUGCGAUGCUACGAACCGAACUUUAAAAAUCAAUUUCGUUGAUAAACAACACGAAUUUAUUUUUGGGCUAGAUUCUACGGCCAUUAUAUUAUCUGUUUGUACAAUGCGUUCAUAAUAAUAUUAAUAUCAAAUUUUUAUUAUCAAAUUACAAUUUUGGAUACAUAAAUUCAAUUUUAGAUUCUGAGCGUAGCAAGGAAGCGCUAUUGGUUUUAAAAUGCUGUUUAUUUUUUUUUCUUCUUUGUUCUAGACUUUGAACACGUUUUUUCCUAGUAAACGUGCUUAAUAAUUGUAUGAUUUUAGCACAUUACAUAAAGCUUAAGUUGUCUAGAUUGUAUUUUAAACAAAUCAUUUUUUUUGAUUUUUGACGCCAUUUAUUAAAUAAAAGUACUUAAAUGAGAAAAAACGUAGGAAAACGUAAAAUUUCACGAUUUCUUUGUUUUAUAAAAACACGGACGAAGUUUUUACCAGAAAAAAUGAUUUAAUGGAAAAAUCACAAGAAGAAUUUUUUUUAUUGUCUUUUUGAUUUACUUUUUUGCGGUAUCAUCACUAAAACUUUUGAGUCACUUUUGAGCUUUUAAAGAAUUUUAAUUUUUGGAAGUUUUUUACUGUAAUUCGGUUAUAAAUACACGUAGAGACUUGAAACUUACCAAUAAUAUUUAUAUUAGACUUUUCUAAACGUGGUAAAAUUUCCAAAACCAUCGGACAACUUUUUUUUUUUUUUUUAUUUUUUUACAAUGGUACUUUUUAUAUACUGUAGACCAAUUUUAUCCUAGAAAGCUUACUCCGAUGUAUGAGAGUAGCACCUUUUCUAAAAUUAAAUUUUAUCUAUUUGGUAAAUUUACAGGUCAUUAUUUGAUUUUCGAAUCGGUAUUUAAAACACAAACAUUGAACUGGGAAAAAAAUACGAUUUUUUCACGAUUUCGUUAUUUUAAAUAAAUACCUACCACGUUUUAUAGCACAAAUAUGGCUUCAUUUGAAAAACGACAAGAAACCUUUUUUUGUUGAAUUAUUAAUCUUGUUUUUAAUGAUGCAUUUCGUUUUUUUGAUUUUCGAAUUAGUUUUCAUAAAAAUCGGGAAAAAACGUAGGAAAGACGAACAAUUUCACGAUAUCAUUGUUUAACAUUAAUAUGGAAAACGUUUAUUAUUAGGAAAAUUGCUUUAAGAGAAAAAUGACAAGAAACCUUUUUUGUUUCAUUGUACAUCUUGUUUCUCAUGGUGCAAGUCGUUUUUUGAUUACAUACUGAUUCAAAAAAACCAAAAGAUGACGAAGUUGUUGUAAUUCAGUUAAAAAUAUUUGUAUAGGCUUGAAAUUUUAACAGAAUAAGUACUUAUAUUGACCUUUUCUAGACAUGAUCGAAUGUUUUAAACAUGAUUCGAUAUUAUUGAGCUAUUUAUAAUGAAACAUUUGACCCUUUCGAGUUUUUUUCGCACCUACAACUAAAGUGGCACACCUAAAAACCGUAUCUGCUUUUUUUUUUUUAAAACAAAAAAAAAAAGAUUGAUUCAAGUUCGACAUAAAGAUUUGAACAAUUCCGUUUGGGUCAAUUAAUCUUAAUUAAUAUAAUCGGCUUAACAUUAAAAGUCAAAGUUCGUAACACCACUUUAAUAUUAUAAUUAUUAUACUCGUUUUAUUUAUUGAAUCUCGUAUAGACAAUGUUAUUAUUGCAUUCAUACAUUACCCAAAUAUAUUAAUUUUGGCAUCAUAUUAUUAUCGUUCACAGUAGUCAGAAUUAUAUGCACAAAUAUCUGACAGACAUCGAACACGACAACAAGUACAUAACCAAGUAUUACUGUAAGAUUGAUAACCGGCGCAAAAAAUCCGGUAAACACACGUUACUACCGCUUAAAAAUACCGAAAAACACAAAAUGGUCGACUUGAGAAGUUACAGACUUAUGAAAAGCGAAUGCGAUAAUCUGGUGGGCUUAUGAUUGUUAUAUUGUUCUAUAUAUAGUCUUGGAAUUGCUUGCUUUUAAUUUCUGAUAAUUUGAAAACCGCUAUCGUUUCAGUGGAAAUCGGUAAUAAAAUUGGUGUUCGAAAUAAUUGCGGCCACGUCACUGGUAUUGUUGGACAUGAUAUUCUACGAGGCAUUGGACGUGAUCAGGAGACACGCAAAGAUCGAUUACUUUCAGACGGGUCAUCAUGAUUUGCAAAUCAAAGUAAAAGGCACCGGAAUGAUCGCCAACCUUCUCAGGAGUGUCUUGGACAGAUUUAAUUUCCAAAAGAACGUUACCGUUAACCUUAGCAACGAAAGUAAGUACUAACAGAUAUUUUUAAAAAAAUAUCUGUUUAGAAAAUUGGUUUCUAGUACCUACGUCCUCCAUACGAGUGUACGAAAAAGUGAUAAACGAGAAAAUUAUUUUUAAAACAUGCCUAGAUAAUAAGUUGAUUUCACAUUUAUGUAGAAAAUUAUUAAUCCAAGUAAAUAAUCAGGUGAAACUCCAGAAAGAGGUGCCGUAAGUGCACGUCCCCCACGUUUUUCUUCACGUCUUUUUAGUCUAAAUCAUCGAUACAACUAAUAGCCCAAGCCUGAUGAAUUUCUCCAUUUCCGUAAAAAAGUAUUUUUUAUUACAGAUGUAUUCCCUUAGAAAAGUAACAUAGAAAAAGGAUAGAUAAUCGAAUUUGUAUUAACUACUUGCAUAUACUAAUGUACUUAUAUUAUUAAUCGAGCCAUCUGAUUACCUCUGUAAAUUCCAAAAUACGAAAUUAAACACUUUUACCACGUAGUACUUUUUCGGUAAACGGAAUUUGUUUUCCACGCUAUUCGCCCGUUAAAAAUAAUAAUUACAAUUAAAUCCCAUCAACUGCACUAGGUAUAAUACUUAUCUACAGUUAUUUCUAAGACACGCAUCGAGAACACGUGUUUUUUUUUCUAUCAAAGACAACAUUGUGGGAUGUUUAAACUUCAAACACUCCCUUCUAUAAUAACAUAAUUAUAGUUCAACAAAUAAAUGCAACAAUUUAGUCGAUUUUUUUUUUAUGAAAAUAGCAAACUAAAUAAACUUCCAUUAAUAGCAUUCAACGCCCACUUUCCGGAUCUUAAGUUGUCAAUAUUUAAAGAAUAAAAAUUGUUUUUUUUCAAACUGAUUUAAGAAAAAGACAUUUUUAUAGAACUUUUUUUAUUACUACUAUUUGUAAAACAAAAAAAAACUGUUUAAUAUUAAAAAUGCAUAUAUAUAAUAUUGGAUACUAAUGGAAAAAACACGUUUAUGUAAAAAUAAACGAUAAGUCUUUUAAAAACUAAUUUUUAGAUUAAAAAACCAUUAUGAAAUUUAUAAAAUACAUUAUUUCUGAUAUAAACUCAUCGGUGUUUUUUCGAAUAUUAACUAACAAAUAACUAGUUAUUUAACAAAUAUAUAGAAUACGGUUUAUUUGUAUCCUUAUUCACUAAUGAAUUUAAUAUUUUGAGAAUAUCGUAACAAACCGAUAAGGUUGUCUGCAAAAUGUAACUAUCCGUAAAUCAUUUUUAAAAAAAAUGUUUUUAUCUAGAAAAUCACAGUGAAGGAGUGAGCACUUUUUUCUAUUUCGCGUGAAUAUGUAUAUUUUUUGAACAUAUUUCCCGAUUGUACAAUAAAUUUACCACAAUCUAUUAUAUCAUAUUGUUGUAACACGAGACUAUAGUUGUACAUUUAAACAGAUAUAUAGUGAAUUCGAAUAUUCUCGAGUUUUCAUUUUUUCAAAACUCUUGUUAAAAUAAUUUAUACGAAAUUCAUUCAAAUCUGAGCAUGCUACGUGUUUUAAAAAAAAUAACUGCACACAAAAUGCAAAUAAAAAAAAAAAAAAUAAAUGUCAAAAAUGAGUCUCCGAAUUACAUGUCAUAUACCAAUUGAUUUGACCAAAUUGCGUGCCGACCACGAUGAAAUUACAAUCGACUAUUGGGUAAUUGUACGAAAAAAUGUACAGCUAAGUGUAUAUUUUUAAAAUCGUGUAAGCUGGACAGUAAUUAAAAGUUAACAUUUAAGUUGUAGGUCAAUUUAUUUAAUACAUUUUUACUUAACAAAUUUAAAAAAAAAGAAUUUUAAAAAUAACUCGUGGAUAAUAACUUGGGUAAUAAGUUAUUUUAAUAGAUAAUUGUAACUUAAUCUAGUUAUUUGUUAUUUACGAAUAUUUUGUAUAAAUCAAUUAUAUAAUUAUGUUUUUGUGUUUAAUUCUCGACGAAAAUUUUACGUCAGUGCAUGUCAAAUAAUUUUGUCAUGAGAGAUGGGGGGAUUAAGAUAAUUUUUUAAAACUAUUAUUAUUUACAUAAUCUUUUUUAUAACUAUGAAGAUAUAAUAUACAGGGUGAUUUUUUAAGUGUGCUUGUCCUAUUUGUAUAGUUAAAUUAUGCAUAAAUUCAAAUUCAGCUGUUUUUGGAAUUUUUAAAUACAGUGACCGACGAUACUUUUGUAUACUUAGAUUUUUCACAACAUUUAAGGACUAUCCUAUGGUGAUGAAAACUUUGGUUUUUUAAAUGAGAACGUAUAUUUUGAUGCAAAUGAAGAUUUUUUUAAAAAAAAAAAAAUUGUUGACGUAUUGUAAUCGAAAGUUGAACAAAUUGUUUCUGAGAUAUUCUGCUUGAAAUACUAAGUAUAAUAGUGUUUUACGAGGAUUAGAUACCAGCUGUUUUAUGUGUAUAGGAAAUGUCUUGUUUUCAUUCGUACAGUUAUUAUCCUUUAGCAGGGGCGGGUUGGACCACCGGGAAUUCGAGAAUUUUCCCGGUGGGCCGUUUCUUCAAUUAACUAUUUUAAAAAGUAUUUAUAUUAACAAAUUAUGCUGAAAUACCUAUACAUUUCUUUCGAGGAAAUAUUUUUUUUACUAAUGGUUACCUGAGUCGAAAUAGUUAUUGGUUUGUUUAGAUAUCUGGAAAUUAUCACGGUAUUCAGCUAUUUGGUUGUUUUAUUUAUCUGUGGUACAUUCAUUGGACUCUAUAUGACAAGGUUUACCUAACCUAAUAUAUACAUAUAUAGGGUAUUUUUUUUUUUUUAUCAUGAACCAGCAAUUAUCUAGGAGGAUUUUAAGUGAAUUUGAUUUCUGUUUUUUCUAUUUAUUAUGGAAUCGUUUAAGCUUUAUUUUAUUUUGGAUUCUGAGUGAAGCGAAGAAAUGUAUAGUUGUACAAAGAUGUUUAUAUUAUAUAUUUUUUGCCUGUGUACACAUUUUCUACCAGAAUCUUGCUCCACCACUUUUAAGUGUAGCACCUUUUCUGAAAGAAAAUCGGACCGAGGAGGUACUUUUGGAAGGUCAAUUUUUUGGUUUUCUCAGGAUAAUCUUACCACAUUUCAAAAUAUUAUAGAAACAGCCUUAGAUAGAUCUUCAUCAAUAAAAUGUAUUAAUUUAAAAGAUAAAAGAUUGAAAGAAUAGAUGUCAAAAUACUUGCUAUACUCAGCUCGUCGCAAGCAAUUAAUUUCUUUAAAAUGUAAAAACAUCCAAAUAACAUUAAACUAGCAGCCUUGCAGCCUUCUAUAAAAAAUAUAAAAGUAACUUUACACAAUUAUUGACACUUGCGAAGAUUAUUUUUAUAAGAAUAAGUUUAAAUCUGUGUUUUCUAACUAUAAGUUAACCUAGAGAUGGUUUAUGAGGUAUCAGGUACUAAAACUAUAAAUGUGGAUAAAGUAAAACUAAUAUAAGCGAAAGACAAAACUUUAAAUGUAAAAGAUGAUCUCUUAGAAGCCAAUUUGUUCAAUAAUCAUUUUAUAAAUGUAGGCAAAAAUUUGGCUAAAAAUUGUAUCGGAAUCAAUAAUAAUACCAUUAAUAUAGUAUCUGAUAAUUUUAACAUCGAAUCUUUUGAUACGAUUUUUUAAAAAAUAUGAAGAUUCUAGAAGUACAAACAGUUAUAAAUAACUUUAGAGAUGAUACGGCUACUGGGUAUGUAUGAGUAACAAUGAACAUUUUAAAAUGUAUUUCUGAGUUAAUUUUAAAUACACUUGUAUAUAUAUAUAAUUUGAGUAUCAACAAUAGUAUAUUUCCGGAUAAAUUUAAAUUAUCAAUUAUCAAACCAUUAUUUAAAGGAGGUGAUCGUAAAAAUAUGAGUAACUAUAAGCCGAUUUCUAUGCUAAUAAAUUUUUCAAAAAUAUUUGAAAAAAUAAUAAAAUCAAGAUUAAUAUCAUACUUAGUAUGAUAUUCAAAUAAAUAGUUAUCUUAAUAUAAAUAUGUUUUUAGACCAGGUCUGGGUACUGAAUUUGCCCUUUAUAACGUAACACAUUUUUUAUAUGAGGAACUAUAAAUGGAAAAAAAUUAACAGGAAUUUUCUUAGAUUUAGCAAACGCAUUUGACACAAUAAACCACUUUAUUAUAUCAAAGAUCUUAUUUAAAUUUGGAAUAAAUAACAAAAGUCUUCUUUAGUUUAAAAACUACCUAAAUGACAGAAAACAAGUAGUGAAAAUAAACGACAUAACAAGUAAUGCAAAUUCGAUAAUAUAUGGAGUACCGCAAGGUAGUGUCUUAGAUAGUAUUUUAUUAUAAAUAUUUAAGACAAAUUACUUAAUGGGUCUUAGUGUGUCUACCGAGUCCGCAUAAAUUAGACACGUACUACAUUUACAAGAUAUACGGCACGUUCCUGUUGGUGUUCGUGAUGACCGUGUUUGCCGGAUACACGAACAGGGUGAAGCGACUGAUCUGUGCCAUCUACUUCCGGAAGCGCGAGAAACGUCGGGUGCUGUAUUUGUACAACGAAACGCUUCGCAAACGGACCGCGUUCUUUAGAUACAUGAAGAAAAAGGUGAUGAAAUUAGCCCGGGAAAACAAAUUGAAGGUCAGUAACUAUCCUAACCUAACCGUCCUAAUUUAAUGCUAGGUUUCUAAUGUGACGUGUGCGUAUUGAACUUUAUCAAUAAUCGGGAUUAUUACGAGUUCCCGUGAAUAUAAAAAGUAGGAUUGAGUCCUACUUCAUGAUAACUCCGGUAGUAAAGUGGUGAAACAUUUAAGUUAAUCAAUAGGUUACUAAACUAAUCUAAUCAACAUUAACUAAUCAUAACGCAGAAUUGAACGUGCACGUCACAAUGUAAACCUAGUUUAACCUGCCUAUCGAGUGACGUGCUGCAGAAGACAUAUUAAACAGUAAUAGAAAUAUAAUGAACCAAAUCUCAAAAGUAACGCCACCGAUCCUAGAUAAGAAAUGAACAAGUGAGUAGUUGUAGUGUUAUCAUGAGGGUAAUAAUUUAUUUUGAUAGUUACGUAUAAAUUCAGUGGUAACCAAAAAUAAUGUUCACACCACGAUAUUAUUACUUAAUUCAGUGUGCCACGGUAAAUUUAUACUUUCAACUGGUGUUUUGUACUUGUAUAAUAUUCAUAAGUAUACAUUUGAAUUGAAAUUUUCAAAAAAGGGUUCUCUACAAUUUUUAAUUAUAUAGGACACAAAAACUGAUUUUCUGUUGAACCAUGACUUAUUUGAUCAGUUUUCUUAUUUUUUCAAAAAUUACUCUAUUAUAUAUAACGUUGUUGCCAAGUAAAAUAACUUCCUUGGAAGGAAAUUUAAUUGAUAAAAUGAUCGUUAAAGUUUUCCAAGAUUUCAGAAUUUCAAAUUUUAAUUAUGUUAUUGUUUAAUGUCGAGUUUAUCGUUUUAACCUGAUCAUUGUAGUGCAACUAUAAAGAAGUUUGUGACCUAUUCGAAUAUUUAAUACUUAAUUUAGUUCCUUUUAUUUAAUAGAAUUUCAUACCUUGUAACUCAAAUUGCCUAUAAUAAAUCAAAAUGUAUUAACGCUAGGUAUUAGGUAAAUUUCUAAAGAGCGGGAUGUCCAAUUUUUUUGUUUAAAAAUCAUUUAUUGAAUCUAGAUUAUUAUUUUUUUUUUGCUAAAUGUAUUUGUUAGCAUUUUGUACUUAUGAAAUCGACUUGGGAGGGAACACUUGUUUUGGGCGGAUAAUGGGUCCUAUGAGUUGAAAACUUCUUGAGCCUAGAUUCACUGAGUGCAAUAUGUAAAUUAAUAGAUGUUAUGUUAUACGAUAUUUUAAAGAACCUCAUUGGCUGUUUUGGGCUAUUGACUGAAAUUGGUUUCUGUAUACCUAAUAGAAACAAUAGGAAUUUAAAUUUAUUCGUUGUUUCAAGUUAUUAUACCAAAAGUGAAAAUAAUACAUUUUUUUCAAGAGCUUUUGUUUUGGUUAAUAAGAUUUCCACCAAAUCAAGAUUUGUUUGUGCUCCCCCGCAAUAUGUUCAGAUUUAAGGCUUUAAAAUUAACAAAAUUGUUAUAUUAAUAAUAAUUUUGAUAAAAUUAAUAUUUAUAAUUAGACUUACUGUUUGAAAUGUUACAACAGUUGUUUGAUCUUGUAAAAAUAACUUUAGCCCGUAUAUACACACACACACAUAUAUAUAAAUAUAAAUAUAAUUUCGGAGCCGCCGAGUCGGUCUUUGAAGAACGCGUAACCUAUUCAAACCACCCGCGAUUUCGCCGCUGCAUUCGUUAUCGUAUAACUUCACCGACGAGCCCGCGUCCCGUAUGCCGCUGUUGCAGGAGGACUUGAACGUGUACCUGGUGCUCAGGCUCAGGUGUCCGCGGGUGUUCGGCUGGCUGGUGCGGUUCCCGUGCAGCCGUCGCAAGUGUCUCAUUUGCGGCGAACCGGAAACGGCGGCGGGCAAACAGUACGGCUGCGACACCGCCGGGUGCGUUUACGUACACUGUCGACAGUGUUGGGAGGACGUGCAGGGCGAGUGUUACGGGUGCUCCGACACGUUCCGCGAACCGGACGACGGCCGCGACGUGGAGAGCGAUUGUGGCCGCCGGGACGCCGCCGCGAUCGACGGCGGUCACCCGGACACCGAUAUUUCAUCGACCAAAAACCGUUAG